UUUUGCUCCUCCAUUCCUGGUUUUUUUUGACCGUUGCUUUUCUAAACCCUUCUCUCUUUCUCUCUCUAACCUUCAUCAUCGUCUCUGCUCUGUGGUGAGGCAGUGUAAUUGAUCACUCUUCACUCCUCUCUGUUCCUUCCCGCCGGCCAAGAUUCCACCCACCAGCCCAGAGAAACCUUAUGAAUCUGGCAAGAAACACACAGCAAUAUCCUUGUGAUUUCGGUUUCGAUUCGAGCCUGACAAAUUCGUAGUGUCCCGAAGUCUUGAAGGAAAGGGGACGAAUUGAGAUGGGAUGUUCCAUGUCAAAGCUGGAAGAUGAAGAGGCUGUUAAACUUUGUAAAGAUCGGAAGAGUUUUAUCAAACAAGCUGUUGAGCAGCGGAGGCGAUUUGCUUGUGGACAUUUAGCCUACAUCCAGUCGUUGAAACGAGUGUCUGCCGCUCUGCGUGAGUAUGUCGAUGGAUACGAGCCUCGUGAGUUGUUGUUAGAUUCAUUCAUUACACCCCCUUUCACACCCGUGAAGAAAACAAGUCCUGGUUUUAUAUCUAUAACACCGAAGUCGUUUCCACCACUUCCAAUCCAGUCCAAACCGAAUACAGUGUUGAAAGUUAAUUACCUAAGAUCGGGUGGGAACGGGGCGGUUUCUGUUGAAGAGAGACCUCAAUCACCAGAAACUGUGAGAGUUGAAUCUUAUUCACCAAUGCACCAGUAUGGAUUUGAUGGUUUCUUUCCAAUGCAAUCCUCACCAAUGAAUUCCUCAUUCUUCUCUUAUUCUCCCAACAACAGACCAAACAUCCCUCCCCCAUCACCCGAAAGUUCGCAAUGGGACUUCUUUUGGAAUCCAUUUUCAUCGUUGGAUAACUACGGCUACCCCUCGAACAAUGGUCUUUAUCAUAUGGCUAUGGAUGAUGAGAUCAGAGGACUAAGACAGGUUAGAGAAGAAGAAGGGAUUCCCGAGCUCGAAGAGGAUGAAACAGAGCAGGAAGACAACAGCAAUAGGAGGGUAGACAGCAGCAAUAGAGUAAAUGCCACUGAAGAAAGAGCACAAACUGGUCAAAGUUGUUGUAGAGAGGAAGUCCUUGUUGAAGACGUGGAUGAUGAUGAAGAAGAAGAAGAAGACGACGACGACGAUGGCGAUGACGAUGAAGACGCAACAAACCAUGGAAGUGAGAUGGAGCAUGAACUAGAAGGCAUGCAAUCUCGUGGUAGCAGGAAGAUUGAUGUAUCAAGAGUACAGAAUGCUGGACCUAUUGCAAGUACAAGCCAAGAAUCUGCAGUAGCCGAUCCCGAAACCAAGGAAGAGACACCGGGUUUUACUGUGUAUGUGAACCGAAAGCCAACAAGCAUGGCAGAGGUUAUCAAAGAACUGGAAGCUCAGUUUAUGAUAGUUUGCAAUUCAGCAAAUGAGGUUUCAGCACUAUUAGAGGCUAGAAAAGCUCCAUACAUGGCGACCGCAAAUGAACUUACUGCCAUGAAAAUGUUGAACCCAGUAGCUUUAUUCCGAUCGGCUUCAUCCCGCUCUUCCUCAUCAAGAUUUCUUAUGAGCUCUUCUGCAACUAAGGAUGAAGGUGGUUAUGAGAGCGGUGGUGACAUAUCGGAAGAAUCCAGCUCAUUUUCGGCUGGUCAUCAGUCGACAUUGGAUAGAUUAUAUGCCUGGGAGAAGAAGCUCUACCAGGAAGUGAGGUCUGGAGAAAAAGUUCGAAUUGCAUACGAGAAAAAAUGUAACCAACUGAGGAACCAAGAUGUAAAAGGCGAAGAUCCAUCUUCAGUAGAAAAAACAAGAAGUUCCAUGAGAGAUUUGCAUACUCAGAUAAAGGUUUCGAUUCACUCUGUCGAAGCUGUGGCGAAAAGAAUCGAAACUCUAAGAGAUGAAGAGUUGCAGCCUCAACUUCUAGAAUUGGUUCAAGGGUUAGCAAGGAUGUGGAAAGUAAUGGCAGAAUGCCAUCAGUUACAGAAGCGGGCAUUGGAUGAAGCAAAGCUUCUACUCGCCGGUAUACCGUCGAAGUUGGAUGGUAGAAAGCUCUCUUCAGCUCCCGUCAUUGAGCCAAACUGGUUAGCCCGUGCAUCUGCGAAUCUCGAGACGGAGCUGAGGAAUUGGCGAAGCUGUUUCGAGUCAUGGAUCACUUCUCAGCGAUCCUAUAUGCACGCGAUAACCGGGUGGCUCCUCCGCUGUGUAAAUUCCGAUUCCGACACAGCAAAGCCACCAUUUUCGCCCCGCAGGUCGAAUGCAUCUGCACUUCCAAUCUUCGGACUUUGCAUCCAGUGGAACAGGUUCCUGGACGAAAUCCAAGAGAAGGCAGUACUAGACGGGCUCGACUUCUUUGCUGCAGGAAUGGGGUCCCUCCACACACAACAGCAGCAAAGGGACGACCCUCACCGGAUUCAGGUCGGGUCACAGAGAUUCGGGGGGUCCGAAGAAUCAGGUGGGAGCAUGGAAAUGGUAGAGUUUGGGAAAGUUGAAGAGGUAAUGACUGCAGAAAAAAUGGCUGAAGUUGCCAUAAGAGUGCUGUGUGCUGGGUUGUCAUUUGCUAUGAGUUCACUGACUGAAUUUGCUAUCAGUUCUGCUGAUGGAUAUAGUGAUCUUCUUAAGCAAAAGCCUAAAGGAGACAGUAGCCAAAUAGCACAAUAGCCUCAAGUAGGGGUUGGAAUGUAAUUACAAAUGCUUUUAUUUGUAGCUUAGAAUUUAUUUUAUUUUAUUUGGUUGGGUUACAAAGGUUAGAAAAUUGCUCCACAUAGAUGUAUUUAGUUGAAAUCUAACUUAGAUUUAUAUGAAGUAACUUGAAUGUUUUUUUUUA